AUGGCCAAACCAAAGGUCACCUCUGUUCUGAACUUAAAGUUCGCAAAGGAGCCAGAGUUAUCUACGACUGAUCCACUUCCAGAGAGAGAGUCGACAUAUUCGCUCAAGAAUAUUUGGAUUGUUUCGUUCACUCUUAAGGCACUAUUAGUGGUUGGUUAUCACUCCACAGACUUUGAUGUUCAUCGAAAUUGGUUAGCUAUAACGCAUAACUUGCCUAUUUCCAAAUGGUAUGUUGAAAACACUUCCCAAUGGACCUUAGACUAUCCACCCUUUUUUGCUUAUUUUGAAUGGUUUUUAUCACAAAUGGUUCCUGAUUUCGUUAAAAGGGAUGGAUGUUUAGACAUAGUCGAAAAAGGUCAAUAUGGGUUACCCACAGUUUAUUUUCAAAGGCUUACAGUCAUUGUCAGUGAAUUGGUUUUGUUUUAUGCCCUUCAAUGGAUGAUUGAUAGUAGUCCAAAUUUCCCAGCUAAAAGAAGAACAUACGUAGCAGUGGGAAGUCUAGCAUUAUCACCAGGAUUGCUUAUAAUUGAUCAUAUGCAUUUUCAAUACAAUGGAAUGAUGUAUGGAAUUUUAUUACUUUGUCUCAAUUGUGCCAGAUUAAAGCGUUAUUUAAUGUGCGGGUUUUGGUUUUCGGUAUUAUUAUGCUUUAAGCAUAUAUACUUAUACUUAGCACCUGCUGUUUUUGUCUUUCUCCUUAGAGCAUAUUGCUUGAAAUUGAACUAUAAUAAGAAAAGAAAUGUAUUCGUUAAUCUUAUUAGUUUUGUUCAAUGGGGAAAUCUUUUGAAAUUAGGAUCUGUUGUAAUUGCAGUAUUCACAAUAGCUUUCUUACCAUUCAUAUAUUAUGGAGUGGGUCCAAAUUUGAUAUCCAGAUUGUUUCCAUUUAGUAGAGGUCUUACACAUGCAUACUGGGCUCCUAAUGUAUGGGCAAUAUAUUCCUUUGCUGACAGGUUUUUAAUACAAAUUUACAAGAGAAUACCAAUCUCCAGAUAUCCUUUGCAAAGACUAUUUCAAUUUGUUCCUGAAUUAUUAGAAAAUGACGAGUUAUUGAAAUCAUCUACUCGUGGUAUUGUUGGUGACAUUGAAUUCUUUAUUCUUCCAACCAUUACACCAAAAUUAACUUUCCUUUUAACGUUUUUUUACCAAAUAAUGUCACUUAUACCUUUAUUUGUCCAACCAAACUAUAGAAGAUUUAUAGGUGCAUUGACAUUAUGUGGAUACGCCUCAUUUUUGUUUGGUUGGCACGUACACGAAAAGGCAAUCUUGAUUGUUAUCUUCCCAAUGACAUUAUUAGUAGCUAGAGACCGAAAAUUACUUGCUCCAUAUAGUCUACUUGUUGCCUGUGGAUAUGGUUCACUAUUCCCAUUGAUUUACACCAGUAAUGAAUGGCUCGUGAAAGUGUUGUACACAUUGUUGUGGUACAUCAUAUUCUAUUUCAACUUGAGAAAAGUAGUACCUAUUCCUAAGAAGUUUGAAGCAUACGGAGGAGGCGGUAUCAUUUUGGAUAGAGUAAUAAACGGAUAUAUUCUUGGAUUUAUUGUUGUUGUGACAUUUACAAGUUUGCUUGACUUAUUGGAAACAAGAUAUACGAUACUACAAAAUUUCAAGUUCCUUAAUUUAAUGAUUUACAGUGUCUACUGUGGUGUUGGAAUUAUCAGUAGUUGGAACGGGUUUUAUUGGUUAUACUUUGUCGAUGAAUCUAUUUGGAGUGGCGAUGAUGUAUAA